CGGGCCUCGCCCUGGGAUUUUUCGUCCUCUGGGUUCCCCAGGAUGGCCGGUCAGGGCACAAGGCCGCCGCUCCUCUAACGCGUCGCCUAGAGACCCCCGCCCCGGCGAGCCCUCGGCGGGCUUCGAGAGGCUCCGGCCUCCGACUCCGGGCAUGCUCAGUAACGAGGGCAGGUGGCGCGUGCCAAAAGGAAGCUUCCCUCGGCUGCGGCCCCCAGCCCCUCCUCCACGCUUUCCCCCAUGGGUCUUCCAGCCGGCCCCUAACAGCAGCGACGGCGCCCGUCCGGCGUUGUAGGGGCCUGAGUGAGCCGGCGCGGCCGCCCGCCUCCCUAUGACACGCGCGCCAGGAUAGGGCCGCCGCCGCGGCCGUGCCGGGGCAGCUUUACCUGACACCCGGUCCCCUCAGCGCGACACGCCCCUCCCCCCCCCCCGCCCCCCCCCGCCGCCGGUAGUGAAGCCGAGGAGCUCAGCGCCAGCGCCGCCUGCCUGGCUCAGGCUAUAAGGUCUAGGCCCGCGAGACGCCCCAGGGAGGCCGCGAGGAGGCGAGGGCGGCGAAAUCGGCCGAGGCGGGGUCUGCGGCGGCUAGGGAGGGCCGGAGCGAGAGCUGCCAAACCCCAGAGCAGGCGGAGGCGGGGCGGGCCGGGCCGGGCCGAGCGGGAGCGCUCGAGCCCCCCCUGGCGCGCCGGCUGGCUCCGGCAGGCAGCCCGCACCGAGCUGUGAGCCGCAGCCCGGCGCGGCCGAGCGCAUCCCGAGACCCCCGCCGACCGGCCCAAACCUUUCUCCCCCCCCCCGUCCCCCCAGACCGAACCUCUCAGCGGAAGCCGCACAGCCGUGAGCAUGGCGUCCUCGGCUAGGAACACUCCGCCGUCCUCCAGGAAGAGUCGGGACGACGCGAUCAGCAAGUGCGACGUGGUCGUCAUAGGGGGAGGCAUCUCAGGUCUGUCUGCUGCCAAAAUGUUGGCUGAAUAUGAAAUUGAUGUUGUGGUUUUAGAGGCACGGGACCGAGUUGGAGGAAGGACUUACACUAUGAGGAAUGACUUCGUUGAUUAUGUAGAUAUUGGUGGAGCUUAUGUAGGACCUACUCAAAAUAGAAUCCUACGAUUAUCUAAGGAGCUGGGUUUAGAGACUUAUAAAGUGAAUAUAAAGGAAUGCCUAAUUCAUCAUGUAAAGGGAAAAUCUACAGUCUUCCGGGGGACAUUUCCUCCUGUGUGGAAUCCCAUAGCAUAUCUUGAUUACAACAAUCUAUGGAGGACAAUAGAUCAUAUGGGGAAAGAGAUUCCCGCUGAGGCUCCCUGGCAGGCACCUCAUGCUGAAGAAUGGGAUAAGAUGACCAUGAAGGAGCUCAUUGAAAAAAUCUGUUGGACAAAAACUGCCAGGCAAUUUGCUUUUCUUUUUGUGAAUAUCAACGUUACAUCUGAACCUCAUGAAGUUUCUGCCCUCUGGUUCCUGUGGUAUGUGAAGCAGUGUGGGGGCACAACUAGAAUAUUUUCUGUCAGCAAUGGGGGCCAGGAAAGGAAGUUUAUUGGAGGCUCUGGUCAAGUUAGUGAAAAGAUCAUGGAACUUCUUGGAGAACGAGUGAAAUUGGAGAAGCCUGUAUGCUAUAUUGAUCAGACAGGUGAUAAUGUCCUUGUGGAGACAACAACCCAUGACAAAUACGAGUGCAGAUAUGUAAUUAGUGCCAUCCCUCCAAUCUUGACUUGCAAGAUCCACUUUCGACCAGAACUUCCAUCAGAAAGAAACCAGUUAAUCCAGCGUCUUCCAAUGGGGGCCAUCAUUAAAUGUGUGAUGUAUUACAAGGAAGCCUUUUGGAAAAAGAAGAAUUACUGUGGCUGCAUACUCAUUGAAGAUGAUGAAUCUCCAAUUUCAAUCACCUUGGAUGACAGCAAACCAGAUGGAUCUGUACCUGCCAUCAUGGGGUUUAUCCUUGCCAGGAAGGCUCAUCAACUUGCCGUCAUUAGUAAAGAGCUAAGGAAGAGGAAAAUCUGUGAACUUUAUGCAAAAGUGUUGGGGUCACAAGAAGCUUUGCAACCACUUCAUUAUGAGGAGAAAAAUUGGUGUGAAGAUCAGUACUCUGGAGGCUGCUACACGGCCUACUUUCCUCCAGGGACCAUGACUCAGUAUGGCAGGGUUAUCCGCCAGCCAGUUGACAGGAUUUAUUUUGCUGGGACAGAGACAGCAACUUCUUGGAGUGGAUACAUGGAAGGAGCUGUGGAAGCUGGAGAAAGAGCAGCUAGAGAGGUAUUGAAUGCCUUGGGGAAGGUGGCAAAAAAAGACAUUUGGGUACCAGAACCAGAGUCAAAGGAAGUUCCAGCCCUGACAAUUACUACUACCUUCUGGGAGAGAAACUUGCCGUCGGUUCCAGGCCUGCUGACAGCUCUCGGAGUAUCUUCUUCCAUAAUUGCCCUCUGUGUGAUGAUUUGCAAAUGCAAGAGCCUUGUACGAUAGAUUCUAAAAUUUCAUUUUCAUGCUUUCUGCUUCUUCGCAGCACCAUCAAAAGAAAAACCUGGAAAAAUUAAAUGCGGUAACAUUGGACCCUAUUUUUGUGCACUGGAUUUUACAAGCCAAUUUUUUUUUUCCUGUCAGUGUUAAAGUCAUUCCAAAAAACAGAACAAAACAACAACAAAAAAUUGCAAUCAAUUUCAGUAGGAGCAAGGUCUAUCAUCAUUUGUAUGUGCAGAUUAAGUUGUAUUCAUUGGUAGAAUAAAACCAUAGUAUCAGAUUUUGAAUUUCAGGAAGUUAAAAGUCUCAAGAGAAAGCUUUUAAAGAUCAGAUGCUCAUAAGAAACAAUCACUUUACUUCUAUUUCCUGAUUCUUCCUUUAAAAAUGAGAGCACCUUAUGAUUUCAUAAAUAAAUUUCUUUUUAACCUUCUCUCUGUGGUGGCUCUAUAAGUUAAGGAUCAGUCCCAUGAAAUAAUCAUCACAGCAAGGAGGCUGGCCUGAGGGCCAAAUGGCAGGGGUAACUAUAUGGUUGGGGUCCCUUCUUCCUUCUUUGAGGAUGGGGGUAUUUAUGGAGCCCUUUGGUCACAGAGCUUCCUGCAGUGAGCAGGCCUCCUUUUUCUCAAUCAUUUUAAUGUGGUACUAGAAAUAAAAAUGUUGGAUUGCAGUGCGUAUUUAGAACAAUAUCUUGUAUACAUUUACUGUGGGGAAUUCCAUUCCAUUUCUAAUUUCCAGAGACUGUUCUGUGAUCUGGUCGUCUUUGGUGUGUGUGUGUGUGUGUGUGUGUGUGUGUGUGUGUGUGUGUUUCCUUUGCUGCUGGAGAUGUAUUCCAAAUUUGAGAAGAAUGUAUUUACGUAGGUAUAGUUUAAAGUGUUGUACCAGUAAGUUAGGAUAAAGUUUAUGAAUAGAAUCUUAUAUUAGUCCAAACCAAGCAUUUUUUUAAAGAAUUGCAAUUAAUGGAUUCUUACAGAUAAAACCAGUAUUCCUCCUUUCUCCUCAUCCCCUACUUUUCAGUACCACAUAAAAUUUGGUAGAGAAUCAAUUUAAUCUUCAUUAGUAAAGCCUAUAAUGUGGGUUUGGACUAGAAUUGAAGCUGGGGGACUAUCAGGAGCUUCCCCCUGAUUUGUGGUUGUUUUUCACAUAGACCAGAGGUUCUAUUUCUUUUUUCUUAGUACCACUUUUUUCUACAUUAUGAUUAAAUGGCAGUCAAACCAAAUAUUUUGAUGACAUUGUUGCUAAAGAUUCAAAUUGUACUCAAAUAUAGUAACAGAUUUUUAAAUUUCAGAUUGCUAUAUAUUUUCAAAAAUAAUUCUGAAAGAUGUCAAAUGUAACCUUAUAAAAUCACUCAUCAAAAAGAAAGUAGAAAUCAGUAAAAAUGAACUGACCUUUUUAUUAUUUAUUUUACUUUAAAUAAAAAGACAAGAAAUCAAGUGGAUUAUAAAUGGCCUUUAUCCUAGAAAGUAUAUCAAUUCAAUAGUAUACAUUUUUUCUACAUGAUGCCAUUUUGCUGUCACAUUUUUUUUUACAACUUUCUUAAAUUCAAGGCAGUACUUCUGAAACAGAAGGGAUGUCUUGUUAAUAGUAAUGUGAGAAAAAAAGAGGUCAUCCAGAUAAUAAUAAUAAUAUAGAAAGUAGUUUAUACCAUCUGACAAAGUCAAUCAUGGCAAAGUAGUAUCUAUGUAUAAUAAUUUAUUUAGCAUAAAUAAGUCCAAGGACCAGAAUGUUUCACUUUAGUGAAUUUUCCAUUUUACUGAAGCUUAAUCCUUCAAAUGCCAAAACUUAAAAAAAAAAAUUACUUUUAUCAAGCUCUCAAGUAAAUAUCAACACAUUUUCAUAUUUGUAUUAAACAAAAAUUUAGAUUUUCUUUGAUUUCUUAGGUUUUCAUUAUAAACGGCAUUUGCACACCUUCUCAAUACCCUUGGAAACCGUUUUUUCCAGAGGCUUUUGCAUUAAGUGAUUCUUCAACCUUUACUAUUUUUUGUCAUUUGUCAUGGUCGGCUUUGCCCUUUGUUCUCAGUUUACCAUCCCAUCCCUUAUAAACUGGGAAGAACUUUUGGUUGGCAAAGGAAAUCAGAUAAACGACUUAUUAAAUCCCUACCUUCUUUAAAAAACAUUGCUCUGAGGUGGCAGGAAGCCUAGAAGACUGUUCUAAGCAAAAAGUAGCUUUUGUGACAGUUCUGUAUACUUUGCAGCUCUGACCCUGCAGCUGGUUGCUUUCAGAUGUUCUGCUCUCUUCCCUGGGUACUUGAGACUGUUGUAACCUAAUCCAUCACAUUAGACCUAGCUUUUCAAUGGCCAGCCGCUGAUUUAGUUUUCUAUUGGACAUGGUGUGAGGGUCAGGUUUAAUAAUAGCCUAGGAGUGUUAGUAGCAACUGACUCCCAAGUUUUAUAUGCUCCAUUAGGAGACAGCUGUGGUAUAGAGGAUGGAGACAGCUUUGAUCAUGUUUUGGAAGACUGAUCAUUUCUAUACCUGAACAAGUCACAUGUCUUCUGUGGGCCUCAAUUUCCUCCUUUAAAAAAACAAAAGGGACCUUAUUCUCUCUUGUUCUUAGUCAAUCCAUUCUAGUCACAACAGUGGUCUUAAACUGCAGAUUAAAUUAGCCAUAAAAUAAGUGCCAAUCCAGACAUUUUCAUGGAAUCACCUGUAAGCAAAAACUUAUAGAUCACAUUAACUGGCUAAAUAGAAAUUAUAAUAAUCUUUCUUGGACCAAAUGAAUGAAGUCACUUUGAAAAAUUUGAUAGUGUUGGUUUAUUUGACCAUCUGCUUAAGAAUUUCAGACACUGAAGUAGGUGUCCUAUGUUAAGAUUGCUAGAAAUGGAUAGCAGUUAACCCUUGGUGGUUAUUAACUGUGUUAUAGAAAAUGUUAACAUAUUGUGUUGUAGACAAACUUUGAAAUGAAGGAUUGGGGAAUGUGUUCAAUUUGGCAGUUUAGUGUCUGAUGUUUUGUCUCCCAAGUUUGCCUCAUAGUUGCAUAUUGGAAGUAUGUGUGUGUUCUUUGGCUUAAAGUAAGAUUUUUGCCUUUACUGUUUUGUUUGUUAAUAAAGUAGAAUGUAUAUUA